AUGCCCAAGGCAGCCCCCUCAACGUCUACGGCAACGCGCUCGUCUGGAGCGCCCUUCCAAAGCGCGCAAGUAUUACGCAGAAACCAGGCUUGCCAUCAGUGUCGACGGCGCAAGUUGGUGACGCUUUUUGUCUGCAGUGACGCCAAGCGCCCGUGCUCGACGUGCGUGCGCUCGCAUGCUUACUCCGUCGCGCACGCGCCUCCCGGCACAGAGUUGCCGCCACACCCGGAGUGCACAUUUGACGAAGUCUCCGAGUCAACAAUUCCUGACUCCGAGGAUUCUCCUAAGAACCGUUUCGAGCGGCUCGAGAACAAAAUCAAUGAGUUGGAAGCUCUUCUCCGAGACAAAGAUCAGUCUUCCCCCUCAGAUGAUAGCAGUCCAAGUCGCACCAGAUCCGCGGCCAGCUCUUAUGAGUCAUCUUCCUUGAUCAUGAGCUACCCGGACAGCUUGAAUAUUGAUCCCACUCUCAACGGUGCCGUCAUCGACAUGACUGAUUUCUCAACCACUCCAGGGCUCGAUGAUCUUGCCGGUGUAUCCGCCUUCGUAGGCACCCCUUUUCAGAUGAGCUUCGACGACAACAUCUCCCAGAACAAUAUGGCGCAGUCGCAGGAAAAGACCUACCCCAGACCGGAAGAUUACGGCGAAAUGCUCAAUCCAUCUUGGCCAAAGGGCCUGCCCAAUCACUCCACCUUACGGUAUCUGGUCGAAGCAUUUUUCACAAAUACGCCACUUGCUGAUCGCAUGUUUCAUUCCCGCACAUUCCUUGCGUCUCUUGAGCUCCCAUCGACGCAUUCCAAGUUCCCACUGCCGGCAAUAUUGCAUGCUAUGUGUGCUCUGGGCAGCAUGUAUACAGCUUCCGCGGCUCCUUCAUCCCAUGGUUUGUCAACUGCUUGCUCUCAGACUGUGAGUUUCGCUGAGUUACAGAUUCAAGCCGCCAGGCUGGGACUAGAGUACUCGUUGCGUACCACCUCAAAUUUAUUUGGAGCACUUCAAGCGCAGGUCCUCGUAGCACUAUGGUAUUGGUAUAACGCGAGGUGGUCUGAGGCGUGCGUUGCCUUCUCUAUCUCGCUCCGUCUUGCCGUUCCCUGCGGUUUGAACGUAUGCCCGCCAUUUGAGAGCAUCUCGAACUCGAACAUGGCCCGCUCGUCAAUCAUUCCCGCCUCUAGUAACCCUUUGGAAGAUGAGACCCGACGAAACACCUUCUGGAUAGCGUACAUGAUGGAACGUCAUUUUGGGGCCAUCAACAAUUUCGCCAUGUUUCUCGACGACGAAGAUGUUUGCCAGAUGCUUCCUGUGCGCGCCGAACAGUUUGAACAAGGCAUUCUGGUACCAUCAGACAACCGUCAGUGGUCACACGAACCGGGCAUCGUGCAUGAGCAUAUGGACGAGCAGAUUGACUCGUUUGGCCUCCAUGUGAAGGCGUCAAUGAUUUUGUCAAAGGUGAGGCUCUUCAAUAGCCGAUACAAGAUGCGGCGCCAUCGGGGAGAUCCUGCGUUGGAACCAGACCCCGCUGGCCUUCCCGGAAUGCCCCGACCAGACCUCAUUCAAUCCACUCCUGCAUUCGUCGAGAUCGACAACUCGAUCAAGUCUUUCCUUGCAUCGCUCCCCUCACACCUCAAGGACCCGUUUGCUGACGGCGCUAUCGACGUCUCGCUGCUCACUGCGAUCUCUAGCGCUCACUUCGCUACCAUCAUACUCCACGAAGGACAUGCUAACAUCGGACGCCCAACUUGCAUAUCCUCCUGCAGAGUACUUACGGCGUCCCGUGCUAUUUUGAACCUCUUGUACCGGGCCUACUCCACGAGCCACAAUCUCGCGUUGACAGGAGUGUUCCCGAUGGUCUGCUGGUUCGCCGCCGGCAGAGUUCUUGUCCGCUUCCUCCGGUCACCCAUCGAAGCCAAGAGCGAUGAACACAUCACUGCCCUCCAGGCAGAGGUAGACUUUAUCAGCAGAGGCGUGAUUUCCAGCAUUGGAGAGAGCGUUCCUCAUGCCAGGCAAUAUGGGAAGAUGUUGAACGAUUACCUCAUCCAAACCUGUGGCAAGGAAUACGCAAAGCCUGCCAGUGUCUGCCCUCCUCCACGUCCCAGUGGCGAGUCUCAUCAGUCGGAAGGACAUGGUUUCCAGGAAGACGAUAUGGAGGUGCCUCGACGUGUCUAA